AAAGUAUAAGGAGAAUUAUUACAUUAUGAAGAUCAACAUUUUCAUCUUAUAUAUGAUCCUACAAGGUCUUUUGGCUCAAGAAAAAAAUCUUAAUUUUUCUUUUGAUCGAUCAAAAAGAGAUUUAUCAAAAUCAAGAGCUCUCAUUGAUUACGACGAUUUUCCAGAAAAUCCAAAUUCAUUGUAUUAUAAACAAAUGUAUCUCUCUAGUGGAUUGAACGAAGUAAAACGAAGAAACAUAUUAUACUCUCAAAGCUUCUGCCCUUGUGAAAGCCUAUACGAGAUAAAGGAUCUAGGUGAAGGACAUUAUCCUAGACAUUUAACAGUAUCUCAUUGCAAACCUAAAACAUGUCAGGAUAAAUUUAAUUCGUGUAAAUUAUUAAAAUAUAUGGUACACAUUUUAAGUCAACGAGAUGCAAAUACUUUGACGGAAGAUGAGAAUAGUUACAUGGACGAAAAUGCACCACUUCCUGAAUCGCUUCGUCAUAAAUGGCAAUUGAAACCGAUGUACAUUGCGGUUGCUUGCGUGCCCGAAACAGAAGGAAGAAGGAAUUAAGAGAGAAAAAAAAAAAGAAAUUUAACAAUCUAUGUGAAGUGAAAAAGAAAAAGAAAAAAAAAAAUAAAAGGAAAGUAAUAGAUGUAAUAAUAAUAGCAUAUUAUCAUGAUGUAACACGCAUUUAUAUUUGUGCGUGCUUGUGUACGUGUAUGUGUGUGUCUGUGCAUAUACAUAUAUAUAGAGUGUUCUAUUUUAAUUUAACAUCGUUAAUGACAUUAA